CCAAUCCGUUUGAUAUCGAUACGUGACGUCACGCAGUCCGAGAGGAGUUUUAUUUUGAAGUGUUUCCUGUCUCUUGGGUGAGUUACGGUACCGGCCCGGUGUGGUCCGAGCAGCGGGUAUAAAACAGCUGAUCGAUCACAGCUGAUCACUGAGGACAGAUGGAGCAGCGGGGCUCGGAACCGGGACUGGUCCUGGUCUUCUGCGGGAAACGGAAGUCCGGGAAAGACUUUGUGACGGACCUGAUCAUGAACCGUUUAGGACCAGAUGUUUGCUGCAUCCUGCGUCUGUCCGGUCCUCUGAAACACCAGUACGCUGAGGAACACAGUCUGGACCUGGACCAGCUGCUGGGUCCUGGUCUCUAUAAGGAACAGUAUCGGGCCGAUAUGAUUCGCUGGGGAGAAGACCGACGGCGCCAGGACCCUGGAUUCUUCUGUCGCCUAGCAACCAGAGGAGCACGGCAACCUGUGUGGGUGGUGAGUGAUGCGCGGCGGCUGUCAGACCUACAGUGGUUCUGGUCGGAGUUUCCUCGACAGACUCGAUGUGUCAGAGUUCAAAGUUCAGAAAACACCAGGAAACAGAGGGGGUGGAGCUUCACCGCAGGUGUGGACGAUGCAGAGUCGGAGUGCGGGUUGGACAGCGGCGUUGACUUUGAUUGGAUCAUCACUAACGAGGCCGACGCCCCCUCGUUAGAGGAGCAGCUGCAGCCAAUCCUGACGCUGGCUCGGGAAGCAGCGACAUCAGCUGAUCGGACGUGAAGUCGGUCUGCAGCUCGUCAGGUCGAUGACAUCAUCACGUCAGGUCGAUGACAUCAUCAUCACUUGCCUUAGAACAUUUUAAAUUUUAACAUUUUAUAUUUUAGUUUAAAAUCAUGAAACUUUAUUCUUGUACUUCAGAACAUUAAUAAAAUUAAACUUGAAAACUUCAA